CGGCAAAGGAGCUAACAUUUCAAAGUUUGGAUUAGUUUGAUUAACCUCUAAUCUAAUCUCUGAAGUUCUAUUAGGAGUAGAAUUAUGGUUUGACCUUUUGAAGUACUAGGAUGAUCAUCUAGUACUUAAUUGAAAUAUCGCAAAACGUGAGUCUAACACACGACGGUCAUGUCUAAUCUUGUCCGACAUGGGGUAACCGCCUCACGACAAAGGCAACAACAAGUUUUACUUUUUACAACUUUACUUCAAAAUAAAAGAUGGUUGUCCUCGUCAUCCUCGUGGUUUAGCGUUGGAGGAACCCAAGUCCAAAUUCUGACCCGGAUGGAUCAAAUCAUGUUUUCUAAAAAUUGCAUAUCUCGUCAUAAUAAUACUAGUCUAGUAAUUUCCUGUAGUAAUUUUCACACGUCUAGUCACCUAGCAGACAAUCGAGUCCGUGAUAAGUUCGAGACGGUCUCUAACAUUAAUAAGGAAAAAAGAUCGACUACUAUCCAAAUUCAACGGGUAGCUGUGACAUCCAGUGAUAUUUUACCAUCGAUACCUUCAACGACCCCACCAGGGUCCAGCCAAAAUAGAGAAUCACCUGUAACUCAUCUGUCGGAUAUUAGUUCAUCUCAAUCACAAAAAUCGACGCCAACAGCCCCUCAUACCCCACCGCGACCAAUCAAACCAAAAAAAGUUACCAAAUUCUUCCUUUUCAAGUUCUUUGAAUUUGUCAAAAAAUUUCCCGAGAAAAAAUUUCCAGGUGCCAUGAAUGUAUACAGGGUUUUUACGAUUGGAGUCAAGGAAUUUGCUAAAGAACUUGCCGAUUAUGUUCGAAUAUCUGGCAAGGUAAUCAUGUCAUCAAAUGGGAUUCGCAAUCUCAAUAGCACCGAAUUAGAUAUUUACUACAGAAUGCCAAAAGAAGUGACGAGAGUUGCUCCAACCCUUAUAAUCUCUGCUUUGCCCUUCAUGAAUUAUAUCAUGUUUCCUAUUGCUUAUUAUUUUCCGAAAAGACUGCUAUCAUCACAUUUUUGGUCUCUUCAACAAAAAUCUCAGUUCGCCAUCGAUCUCCAUCAAAGUAAACUAUUUAAUUAUCGUCCAGUCUUUCGCUCUCUUCAAGCCAACAUCGAGCUGAUAAGAGAUAAAUCUAUGAAGGAAAAGUGUCGGCAAGUUUUAGACAAGUUGGGCUCUGGGAGUCACCCGUCGCCUCGCGAAAUUAUGGAGAUCAAGCCCUUAUUUGAAUCUGAUCCAUUCAGCCUGCAAGCCAUAUACGGUCCACACGUGAAAGGACUCUGUCGAAUGCACGGAAUUCACACUCUCUACCUAAGCAGAAGAAGAUUAUAUGACAAGGCGGAAAUGCUCCAUGUCAUGGAUGGCGUCAUGAUUCGGGAUGGCAUUUUUAAUUUGAAGAUUGAAGACUUAAAAUCUGCCUGCUUUCUGCGUGGUUUAAAUGCGUCAAACACAUCGCAUGAAGACAUGAUGGAGUAUCUUCAACAAUGGUCAAGCAUUUCCACGUCGAUCUUCCCCCAUUCCUACUCACUCCUCCUCCAUCUUCCCAUCCUCCUGGCAUAUAACAAUCCAAAUAACUGGGCACUACUUGUUAAAUAAUUUUUAUGUUUUAUGUUUAUUAUAUUGAUAUUAAUUCCAGUAUUAUUGAUCCCUGUUCUAGGGCCUGCUGGUUUUUUGUUGAGUAUUAAGUUUUCGUUCAGGAUGGAAUACUUCAUUCAGGACUGAAUGAAGCUCUUAUGUCACCUAAAAUAAAUUAGACCUGUCUGUCGCAUGUAAAUCAUUCAUAGUCGUAUUCAUUUGAAAUAUGAAACAAUCAUGUGAUUUAUACCGUCGAUACAUAGAUAGAUUAAUAAAUAAAACGAAGAAAGAUGUACUUUUA